AACCCUCUUUUUAAAAUAAAUACUCUUUUCACAAUUCCUCAAACGCUCCAUUUUUUGGUUUCUCUGUUCCAAAACUAAAAAAAUAACAAAACAAGUCUCGAAACCUCUCAUUGAUGCGAUGGUGAGAUCAAUCCAAGAAGGAGUCUUGAUGUCUUCAUCUUCUUCCUCCACAACAAGCAACAAUACCGACUCAGACGAUUCUCUCAGCCCAUCAGCCUCCACCAAAAGCUUCGUCCUCGGAACUAUCCGUCCGCCGAUCACCGGUGCGUACAAACCACUCGCUGUUCUCUCCGCCCACGUCGGCUCUGUUUCUUCCUUAGCGCUCUGUGGUGAGUUCUUGCUGAGUGCGUCUCAGGGGAAAGAUAUUAUCGUUUGGCAACAGCCUGAUCUCAAGAUCUUUGCCAAAUUUGGACAAGGAGAUGGCUCUGUGAAGGCUCUUGUGAGCGUCGGAAGUAAAGUGUUUACGGCGCAUCAAGAUAGCAGAAUCAGAGUCUGGAAAGUUUCUAGGAGAAACUCUGAGAAUGCUUUCAGGCUUGUAGAUACGCUUCCCACGACUAAAGACUAUUUGGGAAAGUUUAUGAAACAGAGCAAUUACGUUCAGACGAGGAGGAACCAUAAGCGUCUCUGGAUCGAACACGCAGAUAGCAUUUCUUGCCUUGCGGUUCACGCUGGGAUUAUCUACUCUGGAUCGUGGGAUAAGACUCUCAAAGUCUGGAGAUUGUCGGAUCUCAAGUGUCUUGAAUCAAUCAAGGCUCACGACGACACAAUCAAUGGUCUUGUAGCCGGAGAUGGUAGAGUGUACUCUGCCUCUGCGGAUGGGAAGAUCAAGAUUUGGGGGAAAGAGAAGAGAAAACAGAAUGAGUCUACUCUUUCUUCUUCUUCUUCUUCUUCUUUACAUGUUCUGAAGGCUACAUUGGAGGGUCGUGCGGAGGUUUCAGUGAACUCGGUGGUGGUUUCCGGCGACGGGAAAUGGGUAUACGGAGGAGGGUCAGAUGGGUUUGUGAUGGGAUGGGAGAAGGGAGAGAAAGGAGGAGGAGAGUUUGAGGAGUGGAGAUUAGGGUUUGAGAUGAAAGGUCAUAAGAUGGCUGUUCUGUGCAUGUGUGUGGUUGGGGAAAUGGUGUGUAGUGGAUCGGCUGAUAAGAGCAUUGGGUUGUGGAGGAGAGAAAAGAGUGGAAUACUCUGUAAAUUCGGAGUCAUAGAUGGCCAUGAAGGUCCGGUCAAAUGCUUGCAGGCUUCGCCUAACAAUGUCGGUGCUGGCUUCAUGCUUUACAGUGGAGGUCUUGACAAGAGCCUCAGGGUUUGGUGGGUCCCAAAACAUGACAACUUAGAAGAGAAGAAACAAAGUUUUAAGACAUUGUUGAUGCAAAAGGUUUGAGUGAAAAGAUUUUAGUGUUUGGUGUUCUUUUGUGGGUUUACUUUACAUAUACAUUACAUACGUUUUUGGUUUAUAUUUGUAAUUUGUUAUUCAUUUUUUGUAAAGUCAUGAGGGGUUUUUUUCCUCCAAGAAAUAUAUAUGAAUUGAAUUCUUA